ACCCCUCUCACAACAUCGCGCCGCCAGCUUCUAUCGCCCAACAUGGCCAACGACGAAUAUGACUUCCUCUUCAAAGUGGUGCUGAUUGGUGACUCGGGCGUCGGAAAGUCCAACCUUCUCAGUCGAUUCACCCGAAACGAGUUCAACCUCGACUCCAAGUCGACAAUCGGUGUCGAGUUUGCCACCCGUUCCAUCCAGGUCGACUCCAAGACGAUCAAGGCACAGAUUUGGGACACCGCCGGCCAAGAGCGCUACCGCGCCAUCACGUCGGCCUACUACCGUGGUGCUGUCGGCGCCCUUCUCGUAUACGACAUCAGCAAGCACCAGACCUACGAGAACGUCACGAGAUGGCUCAAGGAGCUGCGCGACCACGCCGAUGCCAACAUUGUCAUCAUGCUGGUCGGAAACAAGAGCGAUUUGCGUCACCUGCGCGCCGUGCCGACUGAGGAGGCCAAGGCUUUUGCCAGCGAGAACAACCUCUCUUUCAUCGAGACGUCUGCCCUCGAUGCCAGCAAUGUCGAGCUGGCCUUCCAGAACAUCCUGACUGAGAUCUACCGGAUCGUAUCUAGCAAAGCUCUCGACUCGGGCGACGGCGCGCAGGCUAACAUCGCUGCCGGCACAAGCCUGUCGCUCAGCAAGCCCGCAGACGAGAACGCGGACAAGGGUGGCAAGUGCUGUUAAAGAGGCCGUCACAUGUUGUUGCUUGCGAGCUUUCUCAAGGUCCUUGGGCUGGCACGGGUUCGUUACGAUAUCAUGGCGUCUCACACAUAUGUCCCGGAAUAGUACGUCACUUGGCUGGGUGAACGGGUGGCCUGCAUCGAGGAAUGACCAGGAAUGCACGAGUCUUCUUUCAUGAUUUUACUGAGGGGGCGGAGUAUAGUCUUGACCUUUCCUUUUGUUGUUAUUGUUGUCCUCUUCCUCCCUUUCCCCUCCCCCUCUCGGACCGCGUGGGCUUUUAGGGAUCUGAUGCUUUCAACGAUCGUCCAGGC